CUCAAGAGAGCUGAACUACACUUUUUGUUUUCUGUAAAGGACAAAGCAAGCAACCGUUGGAAGAGACACUGAUUUGAUCUAUUGUUAGCUUUACACUAAAGCAUUCCAUUUUAUUGAUUUUGCUAUCUUUUUGAUUCAUUUUCAACCUAAUCUGUGAGCUAGGAAAAAGCUGGGUUUGCUUUUCCUUCUCUUUCUCAGGAUUCAAUCAUCAGAGUUUGUACUCUUUUUGAUUUUGUGAAUUCACAUUGGGUACUAGCUUGAUUCUGUGGUUGGGCUUUUGAUUCGGCGUAAAUCCGGGUUUUCCUGGGGAGAAGCUGGUAAUUCUUAUAUUUGAAGUCUGAAUUUUCUGGUUUGGGGUGAUUGAUUCGGUUCCUCUAGCUUCUUUUUCUUAAUUGGAACUUGGUUUGAGGAUAAUAUUAAAUCUUGUCAGCAACCCAUCAGAACUAAGUUUGGUCUCUUCUGCCUUCAAUUCAAAUGUGCUAUGGCGGAAAGUAUUCCGAGCUUGGGAGUGUCUGAAACUGAGUUUACAGCUCUAAAAGAAGCGCUUUUCGCUCAGCAACAGCUUUUACAGAAACUUUACAAUGAGUUGGACGUGGAAAGAGAAGCUUCAGCUACUGCAGUUAGUGAAGCUCUAUCCAUGAUACUGCGUUUGCAAGGAGAAAAGGCAGCUGUGAAGAUGGAAGCAAGUCAAUAUAAGAGAAUGACAGAGGAAAAGAUGUAUCAUGCCGAGGAAUCUUUGUCGAUCUUUGAAGACCUUAUCUAUCAGAAAGAACUGGAGAUUGCUUCUCUAGAUUUCCAAGUUCAGGCUUAUAGGUACAAACUGUUGAGUUUGGGUGUUAAUGAUAAUGCUGUUGACGAAACAAAAUUUCCAGAGAAUCUGUUGCAAAGAAAUGAAGGCCUACUAGGGGACAUGGGUGUUCAAAGCAUUGGGAGAAGAAAUUCUAUGCCUCCUAUUCCAUUCAAAUACUCGUAUAACAAGAAGGGUAUUAUUGAACGAGAAAGAUCUGCAAGUCCAGAUAUGGUUCCAAAGGUAGUGGAGGAAAAUAUGAACCAAGACCCUUAUAGUCAAAGUUCGGAUAUGGAGAAAAAACCAGAGAUUUCUGCAGUCGGAGACAUCUGUUCAUACUGGGAACAGAUCAGAAAGUUGGAUGAAAGAGUGAGAGAGAUAGCAGAUUAUAGAGGAGUUAAAGCUGCAAACUUGAAGGGUGGAUCGAGGUCUUCUUUGUUACUUUCACAAGUGAGCACAGACAUGCUGGUUGAUUCAAAGAAAGGAGCAUCAAGUACAAAAAGAUCAGGUGAGAUUAAACAUCCUGAAAAUCUGUUGGGAAAUGAAGCAACUACAGAUUCCUCUUGUUCCUACAGUGUUUAUGAUGUAUUUGAAGUCCCACAAACUUAUGACAGUGAAGGUUAUGGAUGGCACACAAAAGAACAAAGCCUAUCGAAAUUGGAACGUAGUGAGAGGCUUGGAAAGCCAGAUACUGCUCCACAGGAAGCUGUUAAACCAUAUGUUAAUGUUGAAACCGACUGGGUAAAGAAAGUGCAGUUCUGCAGUCACCAUGAGAACAAAAUAUGUAGAUCAAGUGAUGGUGGUGCUGUUGACUGCCAUUUUGCUCUUGUUCGCCCUACAAUUAGUGUUGCUGAAACUCAAGCCAAGUUUCAACCACUUAAUAUGAUGUCGGAGAUAAUUGAAGUAGAGAGGCCAGCUGUAAGAGGAGAUGCUAAUAGCAGAGGGGAGGAAGAGUUGAAGUUAUUGAAGGAGAUACAAGAUCAACUCAACUCGAUACAGUCUGAUAUAAGAAGUUGGAAAACUAAGAAGUCCCCUCCGGCUAAUGACUUAACCCUAGUUUCUCUAACAGAGGCAAUGCUUCAUUUUUGGCUUUGAUCCAGCUGUGACAACAUUUUGGUUGCAGACAAAAGGUCCACGUGUCCUCAAUCUAAAAAAUGUAGCCAUCUGUGAAAGCUAUAAAGGUUCUAGCCUACAAAGGAUUGCAUAAAGUGUAUCAUGGUUUUCUACGAGAGUUGCCAUAAGAAUGUAGUUGCUUCUGAAUUCUGACUUGGUUUGGGUUUUUGCUACAAAAAAAAUGUUUACCCUCCCUGUAUAGUUUGCAUACUUGUACAUUAAACAUUGUAUUACAGAGGUGUGUGUUCAUAGGAUUAUAUAACUCGAGAUUUUCAUGUAUCUUCUUUUUGCUGCGAAAAUUAAUGUAACCAGUUUCAUAGUACGCAUUGUUCAUGUAAUUGAUGAGUUCUAGCUUUUGCAA